AUGGAAGAAGGCAGCCUGAUAUUAAACAUAGUCAAUUCAGCACCUGAUAAUGACAACAAGAGCUUACGUUCUCAGUGGAAAGGCACAAAUGGAAGUUGGAAAGAGAAGAACAGGAUUAGAAGAAACUUGAAGAAAGCUUCAUGGAAGACUAACAAGACAGAGGAGAGGAAUAAUCCAAUAGCUACAUCAACUGUGCCAGACAAUCAAUCACCACCUGUUACCAAGGAGAGAUCAAAUAACAAGGUACAAUUGCUUCCAAGCACGGAAGUAAUUUCUUCUCUUUUCACUCAUAAUCCGGAAAUACCACAAUUGCCUCAAUCUUCCCAUGAUAGCAGCCAUCUGAAUCCAAGUAAUGCUCCAAACAAAGAUGCACUACCUUUUUCCAACAUGGGACUGGAUGAUGAUCUCUCUAGGCAUUUAGAAGAGGAAUUACAAAUACGACAACCGACCAACAUUCAAUCUAAAGCUAUUCCGUUCAUUCUGACUGCUGUCAAUGAUCACAACAGUCAUGUUGAUGCAGACGUUAAACCGGCAGAUAUUAUAAUACAGGCCGAAACAGGGUCGGGAAAGACAUUAGCAUAUUUGCUCCCUAUAAUUCACUGUCUGCUGCGAUCUUCAAGAGAAACAAUUAAUUUAUCACGACAGGUGAAACUUACUCGGUCAAUUGGUACACUAGCCAUUAUACUGGUUCCUACUAGAGAACUUACUAAACAAAUACUUUCCGUCAUCGAGUCUCUGCUUAAGAAACCAUCAUUUAAAUCAGGGCAGAGUCAUUUAUUACAUUGGUUAGUCCCAGGAACAGUUGUAGGAGGCGAGAAUAAGAACCAUGAAAAGAAUAGGAUAAGGAAAGGUAUCAACAUACUAGUAAGCACACCCGGACGGCUAUUAGAUCACUUGCAGAAUACAAAGUCAUUUGCACUUGAUAGUCUUCGAUGGUUAGUACUCGAUGAGGCUGAUCGACUGCUGGAAUUGGGAUUCGAAGAGACGCUUGAACAGAUUAGUAAAUUGCUCAAAAUAAGAAGCGAAAAUUAUAACAAUCCUCAGAACCCUUUCGCACAAGCUCCAUCGUGGCCCACGUUCAGACGCACUAUUCUAUGCUCAGCCACUGCUAGAGAUGAUAUCCGUCAAUUCGCUGGAUACACUCUCGUUGAUCCAGUAUACAUAAACGCGGAUGAUAAUGGAUCUGAUAACAUAGGCGUUGAAGCUGAGGCAGUAAACUCAUUAUCAGACAUCACAAAAUAUCCAACACCAAAGCAACUCAAACAUAAAUAUGUAAUAACGCCUGCCAAAUUACGACUCGUUACUUUAACAGCAAUAUUAAAGUCUACAUUCAGAACUCAUUAUCAUGGACUUUCAACUUGUCGUAAAGUCAUUGUAUUUAUAUCCUGUUGCGAUUCAGUUGAUUUUCAUUUUGAUCUAUUCGCUAACGCUAAUGCAGCCAACAUACUUACGUCAGAAGAUAUGGAAGAUGUUCAAACAACGGGGACAACAACCAUCGAGCAACAUACGAUUGAUCACAGCAAAACAACAAUAAAUUCUCACGACAAGUCAGUUCGGCUGGUUGGCAGCGUUAUUCCCAAUAUCGGAUUAUAUAGAUUACAUGGGGAUCUGCCUCAAAUAAUACGCAUGAAAACAUUACAACAAUUCAGUGAGGCCAAUUCGGGAAUUCUCUUUUGCACAGAUGUUGCUGCUAGAGGACUCGAUCUUCCGUAUAUAGAGAAGAUAAUCCAAUACGAUCCACCGUUAGAUUUACUGGAUUAUAUACAUCGAGUGGGAAGAACCGCUAGAUUAGGUAAAAACGGAGAAUCGAUCAUAUUCUUAUUACCGAGCGAAAUCGGUUAUUUAAAUGUACUAAGCAGCAUAAAGCCAGAAGCAUUGCAAGUAGAAUCUAUAUUGGAGACUUUAGCGUCAUCAAAACAUAAGGAAUAUGAAGCCGAAGCUACUAAUAUCCAGUUGGACUUUGAGCGAUACGUUCUUUCUGAUCCAAAGUAUGCUGAACUUGCUCGUAUGGCAUUCCUGAGCCAUCUACGAGCAUACGCUGCCUACCCGUCUUCCGAAAAACAUAUAUUUCAUAUUAAAAAAUUACAUAUGGGACAUAUGGCAAAGGGCUUUGCAUUGAGAGAUGCACCAUCAAACAUUGACGUCAGUCAAAAGAGCAUGGAACAUAAGAAACGUAUUGGACAGAAGAAGGGGAAAAAUAGUGGCAAGAGAAAAGAGCUAGAUAAUAAGACUGCGUUAAAAACAAAGCGAAAAUAUGACAGCAGUGAAUUUGCUAUUCCCGAUCUAUCGACUUUAUCAGGACCGACUACCAAGAAAAAGAGAAAAAAAUAA